ACUUUUAUGAUUCAAAGCUUGAAGUUCUGCAUGCUAUGAGCCUUUUAUAUUAUGUCUUGUUUUAAGAGAUCUUUAGACAUUGUGAGGUCUCUAACUCUCCAACGCAAAUUAUGAGGACAUUUUGAGUAAUUUAUACAUAAAGUACUUAUACGUGGCUGUUAUUCUGACUUCUAAGAGUAGGAGUAAAUUUCCUUUUAGAGUGUUUUUACUGAGCAGUGUCAUAUGUAUGGUCCCUGCACUUUUAAUUCCCACAUGGCUGUAGAAGGAUCUCUCGAUAUUUGGUAGCUGUGUGGUAUAGGAGGAGACCGGAAUUCUCAGUCCAGUGAACAAGUGUAUAAUAAACUAUGGUUUUCAGACUCUUCGGUUCUUAGCAGGCAAGAAUUUAUGUUGGUUUAAACCUCACCUGAGUCAUUUGCUCAGACUGGACUUUGCAGAAUUAUGUAGCCACCAUCGCAAAUAAUUUUAAUCUUGCUCACAAAUCUGCAGAAUGGCAGAUCCUGACAACAAACAUGGCAUAUUUUAGGUACAGGGUAUUAUUUUAAUGGCUUGUCAGCUAUGGCUGUCUAAUUCAGCCUCUCUAAUCUGUGGCUGUGCUCUCCUUCUAGACAUUCCACUACGAACUGAGGAGGGGUGAAGUGUUGACCUCUUUGGUGUGAGCCUCUUGCUUUCCUUUCCUUGCCUGUCCUGUCCUUUCCUUUCCUUUCCUCCCCUUUCCACGUAACGACCAGUGCGCUCGUGAUGAGGGACUACGACGAGAUCACCUCCUUCCUGGGGGAGUGGGGCCCCUUUCAGCGGACCGUCUUCGUCCUGCUCAGCCUCAGCAGCAUUCCCAACGGCUACGGCGGGCUGUGCAUGGUGUUCCUGUCGGACACGCCGCGUCACCGCUGCAGCUUGCCGCACGUGAACCUGACCGGCUUCAAUCUGAGCCGGGCUCUGCCCGCGGAGCAUGUCGGCGGCCGGAUGGACUACAGUCGGUGCGCGCGCUACAAGAUGCUAAACGGCACAGAGGCGUUGUUCGCCAACGAAACUGAGGGAUGCGCGGACGGUUGGGACUACGACACGGAGCAGUACAUUUCCACGAUAACAACAGAGUGGAACCUCGUCUGUUCAGACGCCUGGAAGGUUCCGUUCAGCCUGUCCGUGUUUUUCAUGGGGGUCCUGACAGGCUCCAUCAUCUGUGGGCAGGUUGCAGACAGAUUCGGCAGGAAGUCCGUACUCUUCGUCAGCAUCGCGGCGCAGACCGUCUUCACUCUCCUGCAGGUGGCCUCCGUCAACUGGGAGAUGUUUGCCACCCUCUACUUCAUCACUGGAGUGGGACAGAUUUCCAAUUACAUCGCUGCUUUCAUUUUAGGUAACGAGGUGUUGGGGGAGUCCUACCGCUUGGCCUUCUCCACCGUGGGCAUGUGUGCGUUUUACGCGGUGGGCUACGCUGUUCUUCCUCUGUGCGCGUACUUCAUCCGCUCCUGGAGGACUCUCCUGCUCGUCCUCGCCCUGCCCGGAUUCCUCUACUUACCCCUCUGGUGGUUUAUUCCGGAGUCCCCACGGUGGCUGCUGUCCCAAGGUCGUCUGAAGGAGGCAGAGGACAUCGUCCGGGCUGCAGCCGAGAAAAAUGGCGUCAGACCUCCCGGGGUUAUAUUUCGGGAAGAGGAUUCCGCUAAACUUUUGGAAAAUGGCUCUGAUCACCCUAAAACCUCAUACACAUACGUGGACCUGGUCAGGACCAGAAAGAUAAGGAAUAUAACCAUCCUCAACGUCAUCCUCUGGUUCAGUGUUACCGUUAGUUACUUUGGCCUGUCGCUGAGCACCCCCAACAUGAACGGCGACCCCUACCUAAACUGCCUUCUCUCGGCCGUCAUGGAGCUGGUCGCCUACACGGGGGCGUGGCUCCUGCUGAAGGUGGUCUCUCGCCGCCUCAUCAUCUCCGCCACGCUUCUGAUUGGAGGAGCCGCCCUGCUGCUCAUUCAGAUGGUUCCGGAAAAGUUCAGCAGCUUCACCAUCGGCAUGGCGAUGGUGGGGAAGCUCGGGGUGACCGCAGCGUUUUCGGUGCUGUACAUCUCGGCCAUGGAGCUGUACCCCACGGUGGUGCGGGGGAUGGGGGUGGGCGUCUGUUCCAUGACCUCAAAGAUCGGAAGCGUUCUCUCGCCCUUCCUGGCAUUCGUGGGUACAUAUAACAAGGCCCUCCCCUACAUAGUGAUGGGGCUCCUGACACUGGCGAUGGGACUGCUGAGUCUACUUCUGCCCGAAACACGGGGCAUUGCCCUGCCAGAGGACCUCUGCCAUGUACAGGCCAUUACCUGCUGCUGCUACAGCGGAAAGCCUUCCACAGAACUGGAGGGCUGCAAGAAAGACCAGCUCCAUGCAGAAGAAAAGAGCGUGUGAAUAUAAGAGUACAAUUAUUGCACUGCGUCUGAGGAAGGCUCAGUUUGUGUAUGGAGUGGUGGGGGAUGCUGGGUACAUUUUUUUGCUGUUAUAUCUUGUGUCCGUGUGAUGUUCUAUCCCAAUGAGGUCAUUGCCUUUCCUGUCUGCUACAGAUCUUGUAAGAGCACACGGAGGCGGUCUUGUGGGAUUUAAAGUUCAAUAAAGAACUUCCAUGAAAUCAUAAA